AUGUUAAACAUAUACUACAACGCUGGGACUAGGAAUUUUUCUAGUCUACAACGGGUGCUGACAAAGGCCAUAGAGGCAAAAUUUAACGAUAUUCCGUUCCACAUUAACCGUACAGCCUCCGGGAACCUGGCAGUGUUUGUGAAAUAUACAAACAACGGAAACCUGGCAUACACUUAUGUACAAAAGGUAAAGGGAAACAAGAGGAUACUCAAACAGGAACUUCAAGUACUGGUUGGCAAAAAUCGAAUUAUGGACACCGGAAAUGCACUCGUAAUACAGGGGAACUUCAAAAACCAGAUAGUGAAGUACCUAAAGAGCAUUGGUUUUUAG